GAAAGGGAAAUAAUAAUAAAAAAAACAAUAAAUAAAUAAAUAAAAUAAAAAAAGAAUAAUGCAAUUCAAUUAUUCUAAUCAAUCCAGUAUAGACCGAUUUACAGUUAGUAAACAAUGGAGCUGCGUGCAACCUGGCAACAGAAGUUAGUGCUGUUUACCUCGCAACCGCUUGCAACGGACAUCAACAACAAUCAGCCGAUUGCCAAAACAUGUCGGGUUGCUGUGUUUUUGCCUGCCAGAACAGGUAUUCCUAUGGCCUGGGAUUAAAAUUUUACCGCAUACCCAGAGGGAAAGGGGCAUUUAAUAUAAACAGAAGAAAACUGUGGCUUCAGGCAAUAAAAAGGGUGAACUGGAUGGAGGAAACCAUUAACAACGCACGGGUGUGCAGUGCCAAUUUUAUUUCAGGAGAGGUGUCGAUGGACAUCGACAGUCCAGAUUUUGUGCCCUCCGUGUUCGUCUACACAACAGAGGGGGAGAAUCCUCAGUCUAAAUUAGACAGGUUCAAUCGUAAGAGGAGGAGGGAUGAGAUAGGCCUACCUAGUUCUACUAUUCCAACAGACACCUCCAUGUCAGAAGAACAGCUGCCAAGUGCUACUGUUGUUGUUGUGAAACAGAAGAAGAGGAUGUGGUCCCCAUUGCUGAGUACAAUGCGCUGCGUGUGAGCCAUGACCGGCUACAGGAGGAAUGUGCCAGUCUCCAUCGGGAUGUUAUAAGACUGACAGCUGAAAACGAGAAGCUCAAAGAAGAUCUCAAAGUCUCACGGUUUUGCUAUAGCACUAUCAAAAGUGACAUUGCUCAGUUUAUAUUUCUCACAGGUCUUCAGACCAUAGUCUUUGAUUGGCUCAUACAAACGUUAUCUGGCACUGUUGAUGUGGUUUGUAACAAAAUUAGUUUCCAAGAUCAUUUAUUGGUAGUACUUAUGAAAUUAAAAAUUGGCUUUAGCAAUAAAUACCUGGCUUAUAAAUUCAAUGUCUCUAACAGCACUAUAUCCAAAAUCUGUCGCACGUGGAUACCAACCAUGGCAAUUGUACUGAAACCCCUCAUAAAAUGGCCAAGUAAGGGAGCGGUACUCAAGAGUCUACCAAAAUCGUUCAAAAAUUUCAAAAGAUGUAGAUGCAUUAUUGAUUGCACUGAAAUUUUCAUUGACAGAACUACAAAUUUAACAGCAACAAACAUGGUCAAAUUAUAAACAUAACAACACUUUAAAAUAUCUAAUUGGAAUUUCUCCUGCUGGGGCAAUAACUUUUAUUUCUGGGGGUUGGGGUGGUCGGGUCUCUGACAAACAAAUAACCAAGGAGUCUGGCUUUUUGAGUCUUUUAGAGCAAAGCGAUGACAUUCUGGCUGACAGGGGAUUCUUAAUCAGAGAUGAUUUGGCAGCAUUAGGCGUAACAUUGCGAAUACCCUCUUUCACAAAAGGUAAAAAACAACUUGGAGCCCAUGAAGUAGAUAGGUCCAGACAACUUUCACGGGUACGUAUACAUGUGGAGCGUGUGAUUGGCCGUUGGAAAACAUUUAAAAUAUUGCAGACCGUCAUUCCCGUGUCACAGGUAGACAUGCUAGAUGAUAUUGUUGUAGUUUGUGCUGCCCUUACAAACCUCUACAACAGUGUUGUGCAGUAAAAACAUGAUUAAGGCUAUGGUUUAUGAUUGGUUAUGGUUAAUUUUAUUCAUAUACUAAUACAGAUACUAAUUUAUCAACAAUAAAUUUUAAUUGCACAGUAUUGAUGAUGUGUUUUUAUUUAACAUUUGACUACAAUUUCACUUUAAAGAUGAUGGUGAGAAAAUGUAAUAAUUUUUAUGUUUACAAUUUGUAUUCUAUGCAGACCCAGCCCUGGUCUCUUGUAAAAAGUCCUGAUUUCUCAGGAUGCGCUGGACAACAAGGUCUUGCUUUGUCCAUACAACAAAAUCACAGUGAGAAACAUUGCAUACAUACAUCUGAAAUUGAACCUGAUAGUAGUAGGGGUGUGUUUGUUUCAAUGUUUGUGUUUGGUCUAGACAAAACUGUUUGUCUGCCACUUGUAGAACCACUUAGGCCAUCUUUGUACUUAUAGGGGCAUUUGAUUUUGAGUACUCCUUUGCCACAACAGGAACAAUUUAUGAUUCCAUCUGGGGAUGAACCAAGAUGUGGCUCUUGCGGGGGCACGACUAAUCCAGAGCAGGUGUCACUAAAGUUUUGAUGGCUUUUUGCAGCAUACAUGGCAUAGCACUGUCUUGCAACAGCCUCCAUGUUUCUUCCCCAACGCACAGAUGGAACCUCAAGUGAUGCAUUGCUAUAAUGCAUAAUGUCCUUGAGGCAUUCUUCGCUUAGUGUGUCAGAGGUACACACACGAUAGAAUUUUGUACUUGUGAUGCGACCUGCUCUGUAUGUGUACCACACUUUGGAUUGUAACUGUUGAUGAGUUAUUAAUUCUAACUUUUGAUAUUGGAUGGGCUGCACAUUUGAUUGUAAUUUUUUAAAAACCUCUUCACUUUUACUCUUAAUUUCCUGUGGGCAACUCAAUGUUGUGUCAUAUAGUGCUGUCAAUCGAUCUGGCAAACCCAAUUCCUCCUCUGUGUCACUGCCAGAUGAUGCUGUGUCUGUCUCACUAUUCUCCAGGCUUGUUAAUACUGCAG